GGGCCCACCUGGCGUCCAGUCUCCUAGCAACGACGCUACACUCCUGGAACUGUUUUCUCCAUUUGUACACUCUACCAUCUACCUACAAGUCCCCUGUUGGCGGUCAGCAGAGGCCCUUUUUACACCCCUCACACUCCUGACCCUCCACUUCGAUUUACUUCCCUUUUCUACCCCACCCCAACAGUUUGCCCUGAAUUAACCCUUUUCCUUGGUCCUCCAAUUCUCUGAGCUUCUCUCUCCUCAUAGCUUCCUGGGUUCCGCCAUUCCCAGGAGCCGUCCCAGCUGCUCUGCUCCUUUUGGUUCCAGUUCCGCCCCAGGCCAACAGCUUUUAGAUCAUGCCUGGAGCUAAGCUUGCCCAGAGUCCAGAGGAAAGUGGUGUGUGCAUUACUGAAGCCCUUAUCACUAAGCGGAACUUGACCUUCCCUGAGGAUGAGGAUCUGUCAGAAAAGAUGUUCCACACACUUGCUGAACUGCAGACUGUCCGCCUGGACCGAGAGGGAAUUACCACCAUCAGGAACCUAGAGGGCCUCCAGAAUCUUCACAGCCUCUAUCUGCAAGGGAAUAAGAUCCAGCGAAUUGAGAACCUGGCCUGCGUCCCCUCCUUGCGCUUCCUGUCUCUGGCAGGAAACCGAAUCAGGCAGGUGGAAAACCUGCGAGACCUCCCAUACCUCCAGUUCCUGGACCUUUCUGAGAACCUGAUAGAAAUACUGAAGCUAGAUGAAUUCCCCGAGAGCCUUCUCAUCCUCAAUCUGACUGGAAACAGCUGCACCAACCAGGAGGGCUACCGGAAGCUGGUGACAGAAGCCCUGCCACUGCUCCUGGACCUGGAUGGGCAGCCUGUGUCAGAGCGCUGGACCUCGGACGAGGAGGAUGAAGCCUCGAGCGAUGAGGACAAGGAGUUCCCGGAGCUGAAAGGCCCAUUCUGUUCAGAGCGAGGCUUCCUCAAGGAGCUGGACCAGGAGAUGAGCAGGCACCAGGAGCGCAGGCAGCAGGCAGCCCUGCUGGAGCACCUGCUGAGGGUGGAGACGAAGCCCGCCCUUACCGCCCUCCCCCUGCUGCCAGGGGCGCCCAUGGCUGGGGACAGCAGCCCUUCCGUCCCUCCCAGUCAAGGGAAGGUGACAUCCCCUGAGCCCGCCUCCUCGCCACAAGCCUCCUCCCCCACCAAGAAACCAUGCCCUCUGGCCUUCAGGAGCCAGCAAAGCACUGGGAAGGGGGCCACAGGGGCCAUAGCAUCCACAACCUCCAAGGCCUUUCUGCCUGGUGCCCCCCGCACCACCAAAGCUGUGACCAAAAGAAUCAAGAAGUGAAGCUGGGCCCUUCACCAUCAGCAAAGUCCCAGAACAAGGAGGAACGAGGGGUGGGUGGGCCUCCUCUCCUCCUCAGAAGCCUCACCUGUGGCAGGAGUCCUAUCCCCAAUAAAGUACCUCCAGGCCCUGUG